AUGUUAAUAUUUGCACAUCUUAAAAUCACUGUCCUAUUAUCACGGUUCGUGAACGAGCUCUGCAAGGCCAAGCUCCGGCACCGGAACCUGGUGCAGCUGCGCGGCUGGUGCACGGACCACGGCGAGAUGCUCGUCGUCUACGACCACUCCCCGGGGAACCUCCUGAGAAACCUCGUCCUGCACAGCGAUUCCGAGACCCAAUCGUGGCGCCACGAGUACGGCAUCAUCAGGGCGCUCGCGUCCGCCGUGCUGUACCUGCACGAGGAGUGGGACGAGCAGGUCAUCCACCGCAACAUCACGUCGGCGGCAUUGUUCUUGGACCCCAACCGGAGCCCGCGGCUGGGCAGCUUCGCGCUCGCCGAGUUCCUGUCAAGAAACGAGCACAGCCACCACGUGGUUGUGCCCACCGGCUCAGGGGCUGCACGGGGCAUCUUCGGGUACAUGUCGCCUGAGUACAUGGAGACCAGCGAGGCCAGCACCAUGGCCAACGUGUACAGCUUCGGGGUGGUGGUUCUUGAGGUCGUCACGGGCGCGAUGGCGGUGGACGUGAGGUCGCCGGAGGUGCUCCUUGUCAGGAAGGUGCAGCUCUGCCAAGAGCAGGACCGUGACGUCGUGGUCCUCGCGGACAGGCGGCUGGACGACAGGUAUGACGGGCAGGAGCUCGUGCGGUUGGCCAAGCUCGGCAUCGCGUGCACGCGGUCGGACCCGGUGACGCGGCCGAGCAUGAGGAAGAUCGUCAGCAUUCUGGACGGCAACGGCGAGGUUUUGCAGAAGUUCGAGCGGAGAACCGAGAGCAGGGAGGAAUGGGAGAGGAAGAAUGCAGCUCCGAGGCGUGCGCCCUCGUGCUGA